AUGUCUGUCAAUUGGGUACUUCUAUCGCCGGCCACAAGCCCUCCAUACACACCUCUUCCCAACGAACAGACACUCCUAGUCGCGCCGCCGCGGAUAGGACUGUCAAUCACGACACCUUCACAUUACCCUGGCAAGCAACAGCAACCUUUCUCCAUCACCCACACUCUCGGCACGCUCUACCUUACCAACCAACGAAUCGUCUACCUGCCCGACAAGGCCACCGACAAAUUCAAGAGCUUCGCGGCACCUCUCAUCAACCUCCACGACUCGCACGUCACAGCACCUUUCUUCGGGCCAAACGUCUGGACAGCAGCACUACAACCUGUAAAUGGAGGAGGCAUACCCACACCAGCCGGCGGUGUGGUGGAGCUGAAGCUCACAUUCAAAGACGGAGGCGCAUACGACUUUUCUACGAAGUAUGAGCAGGUUCGGGAUAGGCUGCAGCAGGCGUUGGAAGUGGCGAGGUUGAAUGGGGAGCAGACUGGCAACUCAAGAGGUGGGGCACUGAAUGGGGUGGAUAUCUCAAAUGUCAACCUGGAGGAGUUGCCUGCAUAUUCAGAAGAGAGCGAUGGCCCGUUGCUGCCACCUACACAUGCUGCGGUUGCGAAUUCUCAACGAGUCGUCAGUCCGGUGUUGCAGCAGCAGGGAGAUAGCGGUGAUGCUGUUCAGGAUUUUAAUCGCUGGGUCAAGGUUCCAUCUUCAGGGCCAUGUGUCGGCCACAUGAUGAAACGGCUAUGCACGAUAGGACGCGGUUUCGGCAAUCCACUCGGCAAAGAAACGCCGACACUCUCCCGGACGGACUCGACCACCACUCACCUCGAAUCUACCCACCUGUCCCUCAAAGCUGUACACGACACGACACGACCCGACACACGAGACCUCACGAUCCUGACGAGAUCCCACGCCGCUUUUGCGCCUCAUGGCUGUGCUGGUCAUACACGAUCCACACACCAAUACAACGAUUUCCACACCAUGUUCUGGCGAUUUGGCGGCUACGCCAACAUCUCCACCCUCGAUACGAUCCUCGACAAGCAGGAUGUCACCGUGGAGGAAUUACUCGACGAGAGCGAUUUGAUCCAGGAGCUGAAGCAGCAGAACAGCAAGCUCAUAGAAUUCCUGCGCGAUGAUGCGGUGCUGAAGAAAUUGCUCACUUAUGUGACGGCCGAUAAGACGGACGAGGAACCAGAAGAGAAAGGCAAAGAAGCGGAGAAGGAGAAAUCGGCCGAGGAUGAUGAGAAGACGACGACUGGUCUGUCGUUCUUUGGAAAGGGCAAAGGCCGGGCAAGAUCCAAGUCGAGUUCGAAAAAGGACGGUGACGGUGAAACAGAGCAGGAGAAAAGGGAAACGCAACGCAAGAAGUACGCCCUUGUGUCGUGCGAAGUGCUGUCGUCCGAGGUCUGGUCGCUCACAGAGGCCGUGCUGGAGCAGCAAGAUGCUCUGCGCGAAUUCUGGCAGUACAUUCGGAGACCUGCUCCACUCGAUCCACUACAGGCCGGCUAUUUCACCAAAGUCAACGAGACGCUCUUGGACAAGAAGACCGAGGAUAUGCUGGCUUUCUUCAAAGGUCUGGACGGGAUCGUGCCGGCGAUGUUGCAGCAUGUCGAUUGUCCGAUGGUGAUGGAUCUGCUCUUGAAGAUCAUCUCACUGGAGAAGCACGAAGGCGGACAGGGAAUUGUGGAUUGGCUGCAAGGACAAGACCUUAUACCGCUUUUGUUGAGCUACCUCUCCCCAGAACAAAGCUCCGCCACGCAAACAUCAGCCGGGGACUUCUUGAAGGCAAUCAUCACAAUCUCCGCGAACGCGACCACCCAGGACCAGUCCGUGAUUGGACCAAAUGAACUCACACGCCAACUUGUGUCGGAAGAGUGCAUCAACACGUUGAUACAAGACAUGCUCCUCGGCGGAAACCCACUCACUGUCGGCGUCGGAAUCAUCAUCGAGGUCAUCCGCAAGAACAACUCCGACUACGACCUCGACAAUCAGAUCGGCCCUGAGCCGAAGACUUCCGAUCCCAUCUAUCUUGGGACACUCCUCCGACAAUUCGCCACUCAUGUUCCGGACUUCAUGAGACUGAUUCGCGCACCGUCAGCGAAGAAGCCAGACCUCAAAGCUGCGUUUGGCAGGAAAAUAGAGCCACUCGGAUUUGAUCGAUUCAAGACGUGCGAACUGAUGGCCGAAUUGCUACACUGCAGUAACAUGGGUCUGCUGAACGAGCGAGGUACGGACGAGGAAGUGAGAAAACGAGACGCGGAGAGAGAACGCCUAAAGGCGCAGGGUAAGUUGACUACGCCGAGACUACCAGACGCACACGACAACAGCUUCGAUGAGUUUGGUAGCUCGGUUGAUUCUCAUGGCUUCCACCACGCCGAGCGACCGAGUCAGGAGGAAAUGAACGAGAGGGAAGAAGAUCGAAGACUGGAAGUACAGAAUGCAUCCGACGAAGAUGGCUUCGAACAGGUCAAUGCGCCCUCGGAGGAUCAAACGGAGGACGAACCCGCCUUCGACGACCUCAACGACACUAUCGACCGCACGACACAUGGCGGACUACCUCUGUUGGAGAAAGUUGAGAAGAGAACUCCUUCCGACAUCCAAGUCAACUCACCGACCGACAUUGCCUCCAUUCCCGCACCACUAUCACCGAAGAAGCAAACAUCACCCACGAAACUUAUGCAUUUCGAUCCGCCACCUACGCAUGCGGCUGAUUCACCCACAACUGCUGGCGUGACCGACCAGAUCAAAUCGCUCGACGUCGACGAGGAUACCGUCAUGAGCGAAUUCGGUCAGGCGCCCGCGGAAGAGGGUAAGCACACCUCCCUACUGACAUCACGACUUGCAGCAGAGUGGCUAAGCGACAUUGCAGACGAAGAUGGUCCAUCAGAACUCGAGCGCGCUCUUGCCCGACCCGAGGACAAGCCCGCACCGCUUUUCGUCAGGAAGGACUCUCCUACGAAGGAGGAGGUCGAUGCGGACAGCUCACAAGACAUCGAUCAGAGCGUUGCGACGCUACACGGUCACGAACCUGCGCCUACUAAUGGAGAUCGUGCUCCAUACGAUACCGAGCUGGAUGGUAGCCCGGUCGUGGGUGACCUUCUCAAGAUUCAAUUCGUGGAGCACCAGGUCGUGCCAACUAUUCUUGACUUCUUCUUCCGCUUCCCUUGGAAUAACUUCCUUCAUAAUGUGGUAUACGACGUAGUCCAGCAAGUCUUCAACGGCACUCUGGACCGUGGCUACAAUCGAUCUUUAGCCUUCGACCUCUUCACGCCCACUCCUCUCAAAGAUGGCGAGACCAUCGAAACCAUUGGCCUGGCUUCGGGCCACGAUAUUACCGACCGCAUCCUUGACGGCCAGAAAGCCUCGGACGUUUCGCAAAAGGAGCGGAACAUGCGCUUAGGCUAUAUGGGACAUCUGACACUAAUAGCAGAAGAAGUGUGUAAAUUCGGUAACAAGCACCCUCCAGAAGCUCUGGAUGAGGCCAUCACGGAACGUGUCACUCGUGCUGAAUGGGUGACCUACGUGGAAGGAGUUCUUGCCGAUACUCGCGACAAGGACAAUGCCGUCCUCGGCGGUGUUCGCCCCGAAACCGCCAUCGGAAUCCGAUCCAUGGGAUCAGGAGGUGGUGUCUCCGCCGGCUUUAGCAACAACACAGCCAACACGCUCGCAAACGCCGGUCUAGGUGGAAACGGUGGCGGUAUGACACCGCAAGAUACUCUGGCGAUGUCGGAGGGCACUGUCGGCCAGUCAUUCGAGAUCAAUGCAGGAACGAUGCUGAGUGGGUUUGGGGAUGACGACGACGACGAGAUGGAAGACGAGGCCAUCACAAGAGAAAGGGACAGGAGAGCGGCAUUCGAGGACGACGAACAGAACUCUCUCAACCUCUCCCCCGAAGCCCACACCUCUUCCGCUCCCGCACCUUUGAACAUCCCUCCUUCCCGCGCCCGCCGCACCCUCGCCGCCCGCCUCGCGCAAAAGUCCAACCAAAACGCAUCCGGUAACCCGGAUGAGGUCGAAGACGAAUUAGCCCUGGAUCCCGACGCGGCGGACGCGGCGGCAUUGGAGGCUGCAAAGGAGAUGCCGGAUAGUCCGCCGAGCAUUGAUCUGGACGCUGCGAGCACUGCGGUGGCGGGUAGUGGUGCUGCGGCGGCAGCGGCGGGCGAUGCGAGUGGUGUAGGAGCCGGACAACAGCUCAGAGCAAGUCGCUUUUCGGGAUUAUUCAGCAGUUCCGACUCGGAUGAUAGUUCGGGCGAUAGCUCAUCUUCUCCGCCCGCAGCUGGAUCUCGACGGAGUGGUGUGCCUGAUGACGAAGACGCCGCGGGUCGGGAUGUCACGUUGGAGAGGGAAGGCGGUGAUUACGAAGAUGAUGAGGAAGAAGGGGAGUGGAGUGAUACGGGGUUUGGGACGAGUUCGGGAGAGCCGGUGGCGAAACGGAUGGGAGGGAAGGCGAGAAGACCGAGCAGAGGAGUGGAGUUGAAGGUGGUGGCCGGGAGUGGGCUGCACGAGGAGGCAUGA